AAUUUUCAAGUUAAACAAAGAGAAAAAAAUGGCGACUAAAAUGGCCGGGGCUUCAAUGAAUCAAACAAAGAGAGAGGCGUCUAGUUUGUGUGGGAAGCUAGAGACAGAUGUUGAGAUCAAAGCUUCUGCUGGGAAGUUCCAUCACAUGUUUGCUGGGAGACCACACCAUGUCUCCAAAGCAACUCCAGGGAAAAUUCAGGGCUAUGGAGAGGCAAAGGUGGCAAAAGAGAGGAUUGAGGCAGUGGAGCCGGAGAAAAACCUCAUCACUUUUAGGGUGAUAGAGGGAGACUUAUUAAAAGAGUAUAAAAGCUUUGUGAUCACAAUCCAAGUGACCCCUAAGAGAGGAGGACCUGGGAGUGUGGUCCACUGGCACGUCGAGUAUGAGAAAAUUGACGACAAAGUGGCUCAUCCUGAGACCUUCCUUGAUUUCUGUGUCCAAGUCUCCAAAGAGAUCGAUGAACAUCUCCUGAACGAGGAAUAGAGAGUACUCUUUAAUUGAGUAUCUAUCCUAUGUGUAUAUGUCUUUUAUGAAGCACGCAUGUUCUUGUGUAUGAUACAAUAAACAAGGAGCGUAGCCCAAUAUAUGUGAGUGAUAUAUAGAAAAGUGUUGUACUCUAAAUGUGUGUAUGUCAUGUUUGGUUUUAAUAAAAGCUUGUGAAAUGUGUUUGUGGAUAUACCAAUUACCAAGGCUGGUCUCUCUCCUAUCAUGAAUGUUAGAAUCAUGCAUUCUUUGCUUCCUUGUUUGAGACUCUUGUAUUAGCGAGUUCUGUGAGCUUCAUGUAACAAAAACGCGUUAUUCUCAUUAAUAAAGCAUAUUAAUAUGG